AUGGCGGCGGGCGAGGCGGCUGGGCGCUACCGGAGCUCCAUGGGCAGGAGCAAGGACCCCUCGGGGCUGCUCAUCUCUGUGAUCAGGACCCUCUCAACGAGCGACGAUGUUGAGGACCGCGAGACGGAGAAGGGCCGCCUGGAAGAAGCUUACGAGAAGUGCGACCGGGACCUGGACGAGCUCAUCGUGCAGCACUACACCGAGCUCACCACCGCCAUCCGCACCUACCAGAGCAUCACAGAGCGCAUCACCAACUCGCGCAACAAGAUCAAGCAGGUGAAGGAGAAUCUGCUCUCAUGCAAGAUGCUGCUGCACUGCAAGCGGGACGAGCUGCGCAAGCUGUGGAUCGAAGGCAUCGAGCACAAGCACGUCCUGAAUCUGCUGGACGAGAUAGAAAACAUCAAGCAGGUGCCCCAGAAGCUGGAGCAGUGCAUGGCCAGCAAGCACUACCUCAAUGCAACGGACAUGCUGGUGUCAGCAGUGGACUCCUUGGAGGGUCCCCUCCUUCAGGUGGAGGGGCUGAGCGACCUGAGACUGGAGCUGCACAGCAAGAAGAUGAACAUGCACUUGGUCCUCAUAGAUGAGUUGCACCGUCAUCUUUACAUCAAGUCAACUAACCGAGUGGGACAACGCACCAAGGAGAAAGGGAGGAUAAGUUCGCUUGUGAAAGAUGCCUCUUCUGUACCACUCAUGGAUGUCACUAACUUGUCUACACCUCGAAAGUUCCUUGACACCUCCCAGUUUGGUACUCCUGGAAGCUGCAGCAUGCGGGAAACAAGCCUUCUGGAAAUUAAGGAAGAUGCAGAACUGGAUCCAGAGGAGAACAGCACCGCCUUCAUGGGCAUCCUCAUCAAAGGGCUGGCCAAACUGAAAAAAAUCCCCGAAACGGUGAAAGCCAUCCAGGAACGCCUAGAGAAAGAGCUCAAGCAGAUUGUCAAGAGGUCCACGACACAGGUGGCAGACAAUGGUUACCAGAGAGGGGAGAAUCUUUCACAGGAAAAUCAGCCCAGAUUACUUCUGGAGCUGCUCGAGCUUCUCUUUGACAAGUUCAACGCCGUGGCUGCUGCUCACGCCGUCGUCCUCAUGCACCUUCAGCAGACGGUGGCGUCGCCUUCCGGCCAGUGCGACGGUGAUACCAAGCUUUAUGACAUGGUUGACGUGUGGGUGAAGAUACAAGACGUCUUGCAGAUGCUGCUGACAGAAUACCUGGAUAUGAAGAACACGCGCGCGGCCUCGGAGCCGUCCGCCCAGCUCAGCUACGCCAGCUCCGGGAGGGAAUUUGCAGCCUUCUUUGCAAAGAAGAAACCACAGAGGCCUAAGAACUCCCUGUUCAAGUUUGAGUCCUCCUCCCAUGCUAUUAGCAUGAGCGCCUAUUUGCGGGAGCAGAGAAGGGAGCUGUACAGCAGAAGCGGAGAGCUGCAAGGAGGACCAGAUGAUAAUUUAAUUGAAGGUGGCGGAUCCAAGUUCGUUUGCAAACCGGGAGCCAGGAACAUUACGAUCAUCUUUCAUCCUCUGCUCAG